UGUUCCUCAUUACAAGCAUCAAUACGAAUUUGAAAUCAUAUUGAAAAUCCAACAUGCGGGGUUUUUCCUUAUUCUUCAUCCUGGCUCUCGCGGUAGUCUGCAUCAGCGAGAUAAACGCGCAACGUCGUUGUCGUCGAAAUGAGGUCUGGACGAGCUGUGGCACUGCUUGCCCGCCAACUUGUAGAAAUCCUCGUCCACGAAUCUGCACAAGGCAAUGCGUUCGGGGUUGUUUCUGCCGACGGGGAUGGUUCAGGAACAACCGUGGCAUCUGUGUCGCAAGAUGUUAAGAAUAACUUCUGAAAUUCGAACCAACUUGUCCCACAGUUCUGCUACUAUACCUCAGCAUUGAUACCUUGAUGAUCUUCCCUAUUUUAAACCCAGGAAUUACAACAGAGCACAAGAAAUAAUUGCCUGAAUACCUCAAGCAUUAAUAAACAAUCAUAAAUAAAUAGUUCUUGUUCUCCACAACUCCAAGAUUUUUAAUAUAAAACUCUACUGAAACUACCGAUCACAAUUUUCAAUGUGGUAAAUAAUAAAAUACAUUGAAUAACUUA